AUGAGCGCAUUAAGUGACUCGGGCUUCGAGGAGGAUCUUCACGCUUCGGGCUCUGAGCUGCAGGAGUGUGAUGAUGAGGAGGAGAGCUGCUUCAUCAUCCAGAGACACAACGAGCUGCAGUUCCUGGCGCACAACUGCCUCGCGCGACAGCCGCAGGUUGAAGUGUAUUCACCUCGCAUCACACAACUUCUGUCGCUUUGCUGCAAUUCUUUUUCCAGAGAGCAGCUGUGCAAUCUCGAAUGCCUGAUCCUUCUCAGACUCAACUUCAGACUGGCUGCACCUACCCAUGCUUUCUUUCUGGACUACUUCACCAGUCGCACUACUGGAUAUCAGACUGAUGGAGCCAUGGAUAAGAUGGUCACUACACAGGACAGAAAUGCAUGGAAGGAGCCCCAGAAGAAGUGGAAAUGGUUGGCUUGCAAAGUCUGUGAACUGAGUUUGGCUGACUACACGUUUAACAAGUAUAUGCCGUCUGUGAUUGUGCUGUGUGCUGUGAAACUGGCAAAAGAUCUGCUGAAGACGCAUUCAGCGCAGCCCACAGACAACAAGGCUGGCUCGUCAAAGACAUUGGAGUCGUUCGGUUUUCAAGAGUAUCCAACAUUUGAAGCUCAGGUUUUGGUUCAGCAAUGCACAGAAGAUCUGAAAUUGUUGGUUUCUCUUAAUCAAGAUGCAGUCCAGGACUUCAUAUCACCAUUAUAUUAG